GUUCAGUCCCCAGGUUCCCUCAGUCCCCAGGAGGAGCCAGCAUGGACAAUCUCCUUUAUAGUUUUGGAAGCAGGUUUGUUGCCAUGGAGUUCACAUUUUGACUGGAGUUGAGAAGUAUAAAGACUAAAAACUAAAGCUUGCAGAGACCUCUGAAGGAAAACCUGUCCCGGGCUCUGUCACUUCACACUCAUGGCUAACCCUGGAGGUGGUACUGUUUGCAACGGGAAACUUCACAAUCACAAGAAACAGAGCAAUGGCUUGCAAGGCAGAAAUUGCACAAAGAAUGGAAUAGUGAAAGAAGCCCAGCAAAAUGGGAAGACACAUUUUUCUGAUAAGCUCAUUGUUGAAUCCUUUGAAGAAGCACCCCUUCAUGUUAUGGUUUUCACUUACAUGGGAUAUGGAAUUGGAACCCUGUUUGGCUAUCUCAGAGACUUUUUGAGAAACUGGGGAAUAGAAAAAUGCAAUGCAGCCGUGGAACGAAAAGAACAAAGAGAUUUUGUACCACUGUAUCAAGACUUUGAAAAUUUUUAUACACGAAACCUUUACAUGCGAAUCAGAGACAACUGGAACCGGCCCAUCUGCAGUGCCCCAGGGCCUCUGUUUGACGUGAUGGAGAGGGUGUCGGAUGACUAUAACUGGACAUUUAGGUUUACUGGAAGAGUCAUCAAAGAUGUCAUCAACAUGGGCUCCUAUAACUUCCUUGGUCUUGCAGCCAAGUACGAUGAGUCUAUGAGGACAAUAAAGGAUGUUUUAGAGGUGUAUGGCACAGGCGUGUCCAGCACCAGGCAUGAAAUGGGCACCUUGGAUAAGCACAAGGAGCUGGAGGACCUUGUGGCUAAGUUCCUGAAUGUGGAAGCAGCUAUGGUCUUUGGGAUGGGAUUUGCAACUAACUCAAUGAAUAUCCCGGCAUUAGUUGGAAAGGGAUGCCUCAUUUUAAGUGAUGAGUUAAACCACACAUCGCUUGUGCUUGGGGCCCGACUCUCAGGUGCAACCAUAAGAAUCUUCAAACACAACAACACACAAAGCCUAGAGAAGCUCCUGAGAGAUGCUGUCAUCUAUGGCCAGCCUCGAACCCGCAGAGCUUGGAAAAAGAUUCUCAUCCUGGUGGAGGGUGUCUACAGCAUGGAAGGUUCCAUCGUGCAUCUGCCCCAGAUCAUAGCUCUAAAGAAGAAAUACAAGGCUUACCUCUACAUGGAUGAAGCUCACAGUAUUGGGGCCGUGGGCCCAACCGGCCGAGGUGUCACGGAAUUCUUUGGACUAGACCCUCACGAAGUUGAUGUGCUCAUGGGCACAUUCACCAAAAGCUUUGGAGCUGCAGGAGGUUACAUAGCUGGAAGGAAGGAUCUUGUGGAUUAUUUACGGGUUCACUCGCAUAGUGCUGUCUAUGCUUCAUCCAUGAGCCCACCGAUAGCAGAGCAAAUCAUCAGAUCACUAAAACAUCUCAUGGGACUGGAUGGGACCACACAAGGGUUGCAGAGAGUACGGCAACUUGCGAAAAACACAAGAUACUUCAGACAAAGACUGCAGGAAAUGGGAUUCAUUAUCUAUGGCAAUGAGAAUGCUUCUGUUGUUCCUCUGCUUCUUUACAUGCCUGGUAAAGUAGCGGCUUUUGCAAGGCAUAUGUUAGAGAAAAAAAUUGGAGUGGUGGUCGUGGGAUUUCCAGCCACUCCCCUCGCAGAAGCUCGGGCUCGGUUUUGUGUUUCAGCAGCACAUACCCGGGAGAUGUUAGACACGCCUUUUGUUAAUCCGAUCUCAUUUGUAUGGAAAAAGCCCGUGGAGAACCUUAUCUUUAACAAGCUCCCAGAUGGUGCCCAGAUUUGGAAACUCUAAAGAGCAGUGGUGACCUUUUAGCAAAGCUUCUGUAAUAGUUCGAAUGAGUUGCAGAACAUUCCACUCCAUCAAAUGACACUGUAAACAAAUCACUUCAAGAGAGGCUUGGCUUUGUGUGGCACAGAUGGACCCACGCUUUCAUGCUAUGCACUGAGAUAGAAACUCCACCCACAGCGCCUGCGAUGGAUGGAGCAAUGUGCCUUGAUGCUCAAAGCGUAUUAAAGGAAAAAAAGUGAUCAGUAUGGAAAGUUUUUUUAUGGGGAAAUUAUAACUCCAAGUGGGUGCGUUGGUUUAAAAAUGGAUCACAAUGAUAGAGUUCUUCAUGAAUGUUUACAAGUUGUAAGGAAUAUUGUUAGCGAAACAGGAAAAGAAGUGGGUUCUGAAAAUGCCGUUUCCCAUCCAAUGAUUUUGAUAACAAAAUUCCAACUCUUCUCAAUGAAACUGAUGCAGCAUUAUUUGUGCAAAGAAAAUGUGUCAUAAAUGUGCAAAGAAAGGAAGACAUACUGUUCUCAUCUCUUGAAUAUGUGCAUUUAAAUGAAAUUCUUGCUAGUUAAUUGUCCAAAAUGCAUAAAUGCCUUGAGUUCUAUAAAGGAAACAGGAGGUCAAAAAGACAGCGUGACAUCUAGUCUUUCCACAAGGUAUGGAAAGCAAUAAACAUCUUCCUUCCUUUC